AUGGCUAGCGAGACUGACAUGCGACGCCUGAAUGCCGCUGCGCCAAGAGCCUCCGACGACAACAACCCAAGCAACGCCGACGAUGACAGCGACUCCGGUGCGCCUCUUGCCUCUGCCCUUUCGGCACAGCAGCCCCUGCGCCAGCAGCAACGGCGGCCCCCGCCAAUCGCCCUUCCAGACGCCGCCUCGCCUCAGCCACCGAGCCGCGAAUCCGCCCAGGCCGAGCAAGAGUCCAACAAACAUCGACGCUUCUCCGUCUUGCGCUUCCGAAAUGCAUCCGACUCUCAGCUCUCUCUCAGGGCCAAGCAGCAGGCCGAACGGCCUCCCCCUGUCCCGAGACCCCCCGCCAUUGUCACUACUGCCCCGACAAACGAAAUUACCGGCCCCAAGAAAAUGUCGUCUCGCAUGAGUCUCGCUGCAAAGUUUCGACGCUCCAACGACAUCCCCCGGCGAGAUGACGACGAUGCCAAGAACCAGCCUCGCCAGCCCCCAAGGGCCUCGUUUACGGAAGACAGAGGCCGCCCAUCCCUCGCUACCCUUACCGAGCCACGAUCUCCUUCUCCCGGCCCCAAUGGCGCCGCUCUCGAUGCCUCCAACAAGCGUCAGUCCGACUCCUCCAAGUCCGAUGCAAGCUCCGUCGACCACGUCUCCCAUCCCAGCCCGUCGUCCACCAUCAGGAAACCCCAAUCUUCCACGCCCUUCUUCAAGCUACGCAGAGGAAAAAGGGCCCCCGAACAACUAUUUCCCAUGGCACAUCUUCCGCAGAAGAACGCGGCCCAACCCGCGAGCGCCUCGUCAACGUCCCUUGGCGCAGGUUCCACACCACGUCCUAGCUCGGCCCGGAGUGCAACAACUCCGCGUGCCCGGACUGAUCGCCAUGAAGAUGGCCACUCUUCGCCGACACGGGCUCAUCUGCUGAGGGAGAGAUCGUCCACCAUGAGCUCCAUGGGCCGCGAAUCAACGGACGACCACCUUCUUCCGCCUACGACACGAACCUCGACUUCAACUGGCCGCAAGAGCUUUGGGGACCUAUUCGGGCUAAGCCGCAUUCGCCAGAAUUCCGAGCUGAGCCGCCAGGGCUCGCUGACGCCUGCGACUCCAGGCUCCAUUACGUCCAAGAGCAACUCUCUUCAAUUGUCGAGAGGCUCCAUUGUGCUGCCAGAACGUCGUGAUGACGAGUCACCAGCCAAGUACCUCGCGCGCCUUGAAGAAGUCGUUAGCCGAGGGCUGAUCGCGUCCGCCGUCUCCAAAGGCACCGAUCCUUUCACGGCCGCCGUGCUGAGAAGCUAUAUGAGAAAAUUCAGCUUUUUCGGUGACCCGAUGGACAUGGCCCUUCGAAAGCUAUUGAUGGAGGCUGAGUUGCCAAAGGAGACCCAGCAGAUAGACAGAUGCCUGCAGGCGUUUGCCAACCGCUAUCAUGAGUGCAACCCUGGUAUUUACUCAUCCCCAGAUCAAGCCUAUUUCAUCGCCUUCUCCCAGUUGAUUCUUCACACGGAUGUUUUCAACAAGAACAACAAGCACAAGAUGCAAAAGUCAGACUAUCUGAAGAACACUCGUGGGGAAGGCAUUUUUGACGAGAUCCUCGAAUGCUUUUAUGACAAUAUAUCCUACACGCCCUUUAUCCACGUGGAAGACGAGAUCGACCUGAACUCAGAACGCAACGCCACAAACAAGAGGAAGAAGAAGAAGCAACUCUUUUCAGCCAACCCUGGGGAUCCUGCCAAGCGAGCUAUCAAGGAACCCAUAGACCCGUACACGCUAAUAAUGGAUGGCAAUCUGGAUGCUUUGCGGCCGAAUCUCAAGGAUGCAAUGUCCUUGGAUGAUCACUACACUUAUUUGGGCACCUCCACCAGCCUCAACCUAAGAGAUUUGCAAAAGACCUUCUUCAGGACGGGAGUUCUGCAAAUUGUCUCGGCCAGAUCUCGCCCCGACGCUUUCAUGUCGGAAAAGACAGCCACGAAUCCCGCCGAGGCGCACCCCGGCAUCGUGGAUAUCAAGAUCACAAAGGUCGGCCUACUGUGGCGAAAGGAAAUCAAGAGGAGGAAGACACGCUCGCCUUGGCAAGAAUGGGGAGCCAUUCUCACCGGAGCCCAGCUGUACUUUUUCCAGAACACCAGUUGGAUCAAGAAUCUGAUGCACCAGUACGAAAAUCACCUCAAGGCGGGGCAUGACGGGAUCCCCAUCAUCUUCAAGCCACCCCUGGAGGAGUUCAAGCCGGAUGCAUUGAUGUCCACGCAAGGGGCUGUCGCUCUUGUGGACACCACGUACAAAAAGCACAAGAAUGCUUUUGUCUACGUCAGACAAGGCGGGCUGGAUGAGGUGCUUCUCGCCGACAACGAGGAGGAGCGAAACGACUGGCUAGCCAAGCUUAAUUACGCUGCUGCUUUUAGGACAUCAGGGGUUAGGAUGCGAGGUGUCGUUGGAGGCCACUACGAUGGCCAGGGCCGUCGCGGCAUGAGGCGUCUCGAUAGCUCCGACGCCACGCAGCUUAUCCAGACCCCAACCGGCCCUGUUUCCAUUGCGCGCGGCCGGAUUGAUCACAAGAUGGCGCAGGACAUCCAAACAGCCAGGCGGGACGGGCUGCAGCAGAAGAUUACAGAAGCUGACCGUAAGGUCGAGGAUGCUCAAAAACGACUUGAGGAACAUCUCAGGAACGCCCGUCAUCUUCAAAUAUUGGCGCCCAUCCAGCCCAGGACGAGGGAAUCACUCUUGCUGGCCGCGGCUCGCAUGGCCGCACAGCUCAAGUGGACUCGCAUGGAGAUAUGGAAAGAAACUUGCCAUCGCGAUAUUCUAGUUCAGGACCUUGCGGAAGACCGACCAACGUCUGCGUCGACGGCCACGCCAACAAAAGCCCAUGUGGACACCGAACAGAGAGCAUCCCCUAUCCCACGACCGCUAUCUACCCAUCUCGAGAACAACUCCGACCGGCAUAGCGCUACCGAGUCGAGCCCUCAAACGCCCGCGAAUCUCAACACCUCUCGCUUCUCGAGCGCAACCGAGGCCCCUCACGAGGCCGAGUCAUCCUCCAAGCAGACUUUUCAAACCCCACCCCCGAGUGCAAUUAAGUCGCGUCGGGAAUCACACGAUCCAUCCCAGACAGCGUCUGACACGGGAAGCACCAGGCACGGCCAGGAUGAGGUCGACGCCGACGAGCGUGACUUUUUGAAGCAAACCGGCCUGUGGGAGGCUAGAUCAGGCAGAGUCUCCAUUGACAAAAUUACGGAUCGCGACAAGGUGGAUAGAAGCAAAAUCAGACGGAGCCUCCAGCGCACGCUUAGGGAGGGUGCUGGCCAUCUUCCGCAUCACCGGGGCAGAAAGGGCAAGGACGUCACUACGGCCGGAGCAUUCGAAGAUGGAGCACAGGAUAUCAUGCUCACCCGUGGUACGGGGAGCUUUGUGGUCCACGGGAAAAAAGCAUCCGUCAUCAACCUAGGCACCGAGCUUCAAAGCAUGUCCCAAGACGACAAGGUCUUUGCUCGAAAGCAACAGCAGCAAGCAGAGCAACCAAUCGGCUCCCCUGUGCAGAGCGCAGCACCAGAUGACGUUUUCCUCUCAGGCCAUGAAGCUUCACCAGAACCACCGCAGGAACACGAGCAGAGCGAUCGAAGAGAGUCAACUACGAGCGCCGGAACUGCUACAGCCCGGAGCUUCCGGGAGCUUCACAGGAGAUACUCUUCCGCGCAGGCAGCUAGGAGCGUCUCGGCGGGUGGAAGACUUGCCAUCCCUUCCGAUGGUGAAAGCGAAGCCGCAGUUAGCUUUUCUGACGGGCGCAGAUCACCUCAGCCCCUGGUUGAGAAGGGGGCCAAGGUCGAAGCAGAGGAGCCUUUGUAUGAGGUCAGGAGGGACCAGGUGCCCCAAGAGAAGAGGGAGAAGGACAGCGGCACUGCGGAUGAAGAAUUGCCGCUGGAGCCGGGUCACUUGUCCAAACACCCGAUCCAGCCCGUGAAUGCAUGA